GGUUUCACUUCAGUAACUUCGGUGACAAUACACACUACUGAUUCCGUGAUUAAAUAUUUGCAGUGAUUGUUAUUCGUUUGGUUCAUUCUAUUUGCAUCUCGAUCUACUAGCAGUUGAUUAAGGGUUGACUAGUGAAUUGUACCAAAUUAUGGGAAUGCUCUUACGGACUAAGCCUGGAAAAGUGGCCCUUGGUUUUAGGGUAGUUUGUGUUUGUACGAUUAGUUUAAUUUAUUUGUUUAUCGCGUUGCUCUCUCCUGGUGGCAAAGUAUUGGUAGAGCCCGUGGAGGAAAGUUCUAAUUUAGAUGGCGAAUAUGGAUUUCACGCUCGUCACCUGCUUGCUGUAGAACCGAACGCCAACGAACCCAACUUGGCGGUCCUUAAUGAAACCAUCACUACCACAGCUUCACUACCAAAAUCUGAAAAUGCAACAACUCGAAUUCCUCCGAACGCUUUUAAAAACUGUACGGAACCGGGUAUUGAAGAAUUUCCUCCCGAUGGUUUCACGCGAGAGCAACGACAACAGGGAUGGGUGAUAAUACAUGUGAUAAUAGCUUGCUACUUAUUUAUAUUUUUGGCGGUAGUUUGUGAUGAUUAUUUUGUGCCAUGUAUCAAGAAGCUUUGCGAUGUCUUACAUUUGAAAGAAGACAUAGCAGGAGCUACAUUUAUGGCAAUAGCCAGCUCAAGUGCCGAGAUAUUCAUCAACACUAUUGGAACUUUUAUCACGCAAGGGGAUAUUGGAGUAGGAACAAUAGUUGGAUCUGCCGUUUUCAAUAUACUUGCUGUACCUGCUUGCUGUGGAUUCUUCUCGAAUAUGGUUUUAGAUUUAGAAUGGUACCCACUAACUCGAGAUAGUCUUGUCUACGGAUGCUCAGUUAUUUUACUUAUUGCUUUUUUACAAGAUGGAAAGAUAUAUUAUUAUGAAGCUUUAAUUCUGGUCUUGCUAUAUACUUUAUAUAUUUUACUUAUGGUAUUUAAUGACAGCAUUAGAUCAGUAAUGCAUAAACUUGUCAACAGCUGUAAAAAGAAAGGUUAUUACAAAGAAAUUGUGAGUGAAACUCAUCCCUUGCUAUUGCAACCAAAUGGAAAACCAUGCUACAAUACUGCAGUCCAUGACAUUAUGGAUUCUGAUGUUACUCUGAAGGAUCUUGAAGAAUUAGAAGAUUCAACUAACAUAUGGGAAUGGCCAAGUGAAGAUACAAAUAAAGGCAAACUCUGGUGGACAUUCACAUGGCCAAUAUCAUUUAUUUUGUACUUGACCACACCUACAACAAGAAAUUAUCCUAAAAUGUAUGCUGUAACGUUUUUGAUGUGCGUAUUUUGGAUUGGAAGUAUUUCGUAUUUGGUUGCUUGGCUUAUUACAAUAAUAGGUGAUACCUUGGAAAUACCAGAUUCUGUUAUGGGACUGACAUUUUUGGCAGCCGGAACCAGUGUACCAGAAGCUGUCUCUAGCGUAUUAGUUACAAACCAAGGCCAUGGCUCGAUGGGAAUCAGUAGCUCAAUUGGUUCGAACACUUUCGAUAUCUUACUUUGCCUAGGCUUACCUUGGCUCAUAAAAUCUGCGUUCUACCCGAAAAUUCCAGGACAAUAUUGGAUAACAAUCAAUUCGCAAGGAAUAAACUACAGUGCGGCUUGUUUAUUGACCACGCUAGUUUUGCUGUAUGCCAGCUUUUGCUUCAAUAAAUUUAGAUUAGAUUGGAAAAUCGGCCUAACCUGUUUCAUGAUGUACAUCGGCUUUUUGGUAUUCGCAACGCUAGUGGAGCUCAACGUGUUCUUCCCAGUAAAUCUUCCAACUUGCCGUAGAUAACAAAUAAUUGCAUGAGCUCUAUGGUAAUUUUAUCGUAAAUACUUAACAAUUAGGUUGGCAAACGAUGUUAUGUAUAGGUUGAAAAAAGCGACGAUGUUACUUUUAUAAAUAAAUAAACCUUAAGUAUAGGUAUUCGUAAAAAUCCAAACUCUAGCUAUGUAUAAUUUGUUCGCCAUUGUUCGACUAUGAUUUUUUAAGUACCUAUCUACGUAUUAACUUAGAUGAAACUGCCAAGUAAUAAUUGUAUUUGAAUUCUACUGUGAUAUCGAAUGCUUUUAUUAUAUCAGACAUAAAGUACGUGGUUAACCAUUUGAAACAAAUCAAUAAGUUCACCCCUAAUAGAUGAAUAAUUAUAAUAACAACCAAUCAAACAGAGAAGUUGCAAAAUGGCGCAAAUCUCAGGCACACUUCAUUUAAAAGUUAUAAGUACCCAAAUAUUUCAAAUUAUGGGUCUCUCUCAGCUAAGAGUGCAUCCUGUAUUUCAAAUAAUAUUCUAGUAUGUAACAUCCGGUAUAGUAUAAAACGUUACAUUUGUGUAUUAGAUAUAGGUACCUACAUGUAUUUCCUAGGACUGAUUAUUAUUUUUAUUUUAAUAAAGAAGAAAAAAUAUUGUGUGAUUUAA